ACUCCUUUGUGGAGGAAGGACGAUGAAGGCAAGACCGUUUGCAACGCAUGUGGCCUCUACUAUAAGCUUCACGGCUCUGCUCGUCCCACUAGUAUGAAAUCCGAUAUUAUUCGCAAGCGCUCUCAACACGACGCUCGUGCGCAGCGCUCCUCCCUCACCGAGCCCCCAAGCGCAUCUAACAUGCCUGGCACUUCUUCUGUUAUGGAGGAGACAGUUUCAGAACUGGUUCUGGUCGUUCUUGCUGCAACAGAUACGGCUUUGUUAAUGUAA